UUUAGUUUCAUGGUUCAGCAAGUGAAAGGGACAAGUACUACAAAUACCUGUAAGUAUGAUGUUGUUGCAUUAUGAACAAUAUGUUUGACUGAGGUUGUGGGGACCUGCAAUGCAUCACACCAAGGGCUGCAUCUAAUAUUGUGUGUGUUUUGAAGUUAGCUCUCAAUAUGACGCAAUGCAACCACAAAAUAAAGUUAAAUUCAUGUCCUUCUGACAGCAUAAACCAGGGGUGAUCAAAUAUUUUCCACCAAGUGCCACUUACUGAAAAAUCAAAAGAUGCAGGGGACCACAUUUAUAUUUUCUAUUUUGUGUCCAUUUUCAGCCUUUUUGCUUUAUUUUUCCAUUUGUUUGUUGAAUUUAAUUUCUACAAUGUAUCACAAUCCGAGUAGGGGGCCAUACUUUUGUAAAGUAAAUCAAUAUUUCUGCAAGUUUUAAAAUACAAAAUUCAUUCAUUCAUUCAUUUUUUUACCGUUUAUCCUCACGAUGAAGCUUUUGAAUUCCAAACCGGCAAAACGCAAAUGAACGCAUCACUUAGUGUCGUCACGAUGACGUCACACAGGCCUCGCGCAAACGUCCGUCGGCAACGUAUACGACGAGAAGAAAGUACUAGCAUGUGUCUGGGCUACAUGAUGACCGAACACAACCUAAUUAAUCUCGACAAUUGCUUCGCAACACUGAAACGUCUUUUCACCGACAACCCCCAAGUGAUAGAGGCCGGCAGAGUAGGCAAAGGCUCUGACAGUCAACUGAAGAAGAUCAUGCAAGCACAGAUCCAGCCCCUAUUGAAGGAGUUUAAAAAUAAAAAAACUUACGACACAGUGUAUGAGGAGAAGUUGCAGACAGCAGCAGACAAUUUCAUCGCCGCAGCCUCCAAACUGCCUCGAGUCACUGGAUGCAUCCCCCCGUGUGGUUUUCAAAUGCAAGGCGAAGUUUACGACUGUAUUAGUUGCAUGUAUGAUUCCUGUUCAUUCCAACUUGACUGUCCAGUUGAGAGAAUAACGGCAGCAGAGAACACCCCGACCCAAAUGUGGUGCAACGUGCAAUUUCCGUUGCCCAGCAGUACUGAGAUAAUAUGGAGGUUUGCAGAGCAGGUGGAAACUCAGGACAUAGACAAGUUUGAGCAAAUUACAGUCGGGGAGGACAAGCUUUAUUCCAUCCCAUCGACCAGGAUGCAUCAUCAGGGCACCUACCAGUGUGAGAUCUACUCCAAGAAAUCCUCUAUUGUCAGGCUGUACUACUAUAUCACAGUGACCCCCCACGUUGUGGAAGGCCAUUCUGAGCUGCAGGAGAUAUUUGAGCUGUCUCUGCUCCCAGGAGGGAGGUUACACAUGGAGUCUGUUGCUCCUCAGCCCCUUCCGUCAAUCGUGCUCAUUGCCAUCUGCUUUACAUCUUUGCUGCUCCUCCUAAUCCUCUCCUUGGGCACACUGUUUUUGUUAUCAAAAGCGGAGAGAACAAAUGGCAAUGAGCGUACCAGCGGAAUUGAGGAUUUAGGAUGAUGAGAGAGACAGUAUCUCUUUUUGGCCACAAGAAGGCAGCAACAACCACUAUAACAACACACUUGAGCCUGCAUUGAAUCAUGUCGUUAUCUCAUUAAGGCCGUGGUCCUCAGCAUGUAUGGAUGCUGAGAAGUGAAUCACUGAGGAGAGUAGACAUAUUUGCCCAACACAUUUUAUCUUCUAUAGAAUGUGUGACAUUGUAGAUGUUUAGACUUUAUAUUUGCUGACAUAUUUAUCACAAAAGGCAAAGUUUUUUGUGAUAAAUAUGCCUCUCCCCUGACAAUGAUUGUGUCAGAGGGCCUUUGUGGUCAGGUCAAGUAGUAAUUAUGUUACAUAAUAUUUACAUCCAUUCAAGGCUGUUGUGUUGUGGUCAUCAUGGAAAACUGUAAAUGUAAUGACAAUGAUACAUAACGACACUUGAAUUUGAUUAAUAUGAUUAGUUACUUGUUGACUUUGUGUGUGGCGUUAUUGUUCCCUGUUCAUAUUCAUCAUUGCUGUUUGGACAGUGGUCAUUUAAGGUGUGAUUGAUUGAACUGUGAGCUUUAAGAUGACAUUUAGAGGUUAACUGGUUUAGAUAAAGUAUAAUAUAGAUAUUAAUACGUAUGGUGGAUGAGUAGUGAUCAGUAGUGAUUGUUGCCGAUGACAUAAGGAUUGUGGAUGAUGGGCAAUAUUCCCCCAAAAAGUGCAGUUCCCCUUUAACUAAACCUGCUGAAAUUGCCUAUUUUAUUUUAUUAUUUUUAGAGGGACGGUAAAUGG